AUGGCUUCUUCGGUCGAUCAGUCCCAAGAGGACAAAAUCAAAGAUCUUCUAGAAGAUCUCGAUACCUACAGAUACAUCUACGAUGAUCUCCUCGCAACGCGGGGCGACUGUGAAGAAGCAGACGAGCUUCGUGCUACCAUCAGGAAUAUGGAAGUCCAGGUUGCCGCACUCCUUGGUAGUCCUGUUUCUGUUACUCAAGCCGCCCCGACACCACAAGUGUCGUCGCCCACUUCGCAGGUCCGGACGCCUGCGGCUGCUCCACGCAUGCCGUCGAAUGUUUUCACUGGAAUCCCGGGAGAUUCAUUUGCAUCCCCUCACUGGCCUUCGGCUGCACCUUCGCCUUUCGCGGCCGAUUCCCGCAAUUCGACGGUGCUGCCAGCUUCACCAAUGAUGCAGUCUUCUCCAGAUAAUUCUCGUAAACGCCAGCGUCCACUAUCGCACGCCUCGCCCACGACACAGGGGUCAUCAAAAAGAAUUGCUCCCUCGCAGUCUGAAUCUCGCAGAUCUCAACUCGACGCGAUAGAUGCCGAAAAAGAAGCCACCCUUGCCGAGAGUAACCGCGUGUACAACCAAUGGAUCGAUGCGGCAGGUGACGAUCUAGCUCACGUAACGGAGCUCCGAGAAGAGCGUGAUGAGCAGGCGAGGUUGAUUGAAGGAGAAUUUCUAUUGAAACGAGACGAAGAAUUGGCUCGUGUACUCCAGGCCGACGAGGAUCACAGUCAACGUGCCAUCAAUGGCUUCAGUGAGCAGAAUGGAUGGGAUCUGCCAGACCGCAGCCAACCGGUAAAACGGGAGCCAUUUUCAUCAAAAACCAUUUCUGCCCGUCAAACACAUGCCCCGAUAGCCCCAUUCAAUAAACUCACUCCAUUCAAUUCCGACGAUGAUCUUCAAGAAAUCACUGCUGAUUCGUUUAAUUCUCGAUCCGGCAAGCAGCCAGCCCGCCAAUCUAAUUCCUUCACCUAUCCACACGCGUCUUCUCUUCCCUCGCCAUAUUCCUCGAAUGGACCCAAUUCCUCGCAGAUGCCAUAUCCCUCUCAGUUGACAUACCCCUCCCAAAUGAAAUACCCCUCUCAGUUGACAUACCCCUCCCAAAUGUUGUAUCCUUCCCAACUAGCGUAUCCUUCCCACAUGGCCUAUCCCUCCCAAUUGUCGAGUCCCUCGAAGAUGUCCUAUCCCCCAUCAGCAGUUUCCUCCAGAGUUUUGCCCUGGGCGCGUGACCCUUCACGCACUCCAAUGCCUGGUGCAUUUGACAAGUUCGAGAAGGCUUUUGACCUUAUUCGCAACCAGAACGAAAUAUUCGAUGACGAUGCUGACAUAGUGGCCUACAAUGAGAAAGAGUUCCCUGAAGAUAUCAAGAACUUACUCGGCGGUAUCAAAGACAUUCGAGAGGCAACUAGAGCGGACAAUGAGGAGACACCACAUGCGCUUCGAGUUACAUUGAUGAAACACCAGAAGAUCGGCUUGAAAUGGAUGAAGGCUAAGGAAGAGAGCAAUCACAAAGGAGGAAUCCUUGCAGAUGAUAUGGGCCUUGGUAAGACUAUCCAAGCGAUUGCGCUGAUGGUUGCUCGUCCAUUCGAAGAUGAAGACCGACGCCCGACUUUGAUUGUCGCACCCAAGGCACUUAUGGAUCAAUGGAGACUCGAAAUUCAGCGCCAUGUCAAGCCAGGAAGGCACCAAUUAUCAGUCUUGAUAUACCAUCAACGGCGCAGGCCCUGGAAGGAGCUCAAAAAGUACGAUGUCAUUAUCACAACGUUUGGUACCAUUACUGCACACUACAAAACAUUGCUCGGGGCGGAAAAGAUGGCGGAGGAAGGGCACCAUGCCACACACGUUCAAGAACGCAAAGAUUUGGCGGGUCCACUCUGUCCUGCCGCCAAGUGGCACCGAGUCAUCAUCGACGAGGCACAGAACAUCAAGAAUCCAAGCGCGAAGUCUUCAAUGGCAUGCUGUCGACUUAAUUCUACGUACCGUUGGUGUCUGACCGGUACGCCCAUGAUGAAUCGUCUCGAAGAUUUCCAGUCCCUAUUGGGAUUCCUCCGGAUCCGACCUUACAGCAACCCAGCAAAGUUCAAGGCGGAUUUCGUGAGACGCAUCAAAUCUGGCUGGGGAGGAGAGGAUGUUAUGAAGCAACUACGCGUCCUAGUCAAGUCAGUCUGUCUCCGACGUACAAAAUCCUCCAAGAUUGAUGGCGAGCCCAUCUUGCAACUUCCACCAAAGGUCACCGAGAAGGUCCACGUUGUGUUUGACGAGAGGGAAAGCCAGGUUUAUGAGGAGCUCAAUACGUCUACUCAAAGGCAGAUCACCCGAUACCUCGACUCCGGAACGCUGGGCAGAAACUACAGUCAUGUUCUAGUUCUGCUUCUUCGUCUUCGGCAGGCAUGUUGCCAUCCACUCCUCAUGCAGGAGUUCCGAAACGAACCUUCCCCGUCUAUCCCAGGGGUAGAUAAGAUCGCCAACGCCAAGCUUCUGAGCGAUGCUGUAGUCCAGCGUAUUAAAGAAAAUGACGACGAAGAGGAUGGCACCUGCCCUGUCUGUAUGGACAGUGUCAAAAAUGCGACUAUUUACAUUCCAUGUGGACACCAUGUGUGCUCGGAGUGCUGGAUCCGCAUUUCCGACUCGGCAGCUGCAAAUGGAGCCAUCAACCUCGAAGACGAUGGUCCAACUGUGAUCAAGUGUCAGAACUGCCGAGGACCUGUGGACCCCACGAAGCUCACCGACACCAUUUCGUUCAAACAAGUUCACGAUCCCAGCACGAUGGCCGAAUCUGCUACCGGAGACGGUGGCAUUGGCGGGGCCAACGACGAGGAAGACUCAGAAGCAACAGCGAGCAGUGAUGAAUAUGACUCCGAUAGCUCUACCGAAGAGAGUGAGGGGGGAUCAAAGAAGAAAUCCAAGUCUCUAGCCGAGUUGCGUAAGGACGCCCUGAAGAACAAAGCUGAGAAGAAGAAAUACCUUCGCCGCCUCGAGAAGGGCUGGUUCCCCAGCACAAAAAUCACCAAGACGCUCGAGAUCCUCCAAGCCAAUGAGGAACGUGGCCUAGAAGAGAAAACUAUCAUUUUCAGCCAGUUCACCUCGCUCUUGGAUCUUCUCGAAGUCCCCCUCGCCCGUCGCGGAUGGAACCACACCCGCUUCGACGGCAGCAUGGAUCUGAAAGAACGCAACGCCGCCGUGACGGCUUUCACCAACGAUCCCGCAUGCAAGGUCAUGCUCGUCUCACUCAAGGCUGGUAACUCAGGCCUGAACCUCGUCGCCGCCUCGCAUGUUAUCAUGUUCGAUCCUUUCUGGAAUCCCUACAUUGAAGACCAGGCUGUUGAUCGCGCCCACCGUAUCGGGCAGGUUAGAGAGGUCUUUGUUCACCGUUUGCUUAUUGAGAAUACCGUCGAGGAUCGCAUUGUUACUCUCCAGGACCAGAAGCGUGAGCUGAUCAGUGGUGCUCUCGAUGAGGGUGGUACUAUGAAUGUCUCCCGUCUGGAUGCCAGGGAACUUGCUUAUCUCUUUGGUGUGAGGGACUUGUAA